UGGUGUUUUUCCAGAUUUGGCGACGAAGGAUCCUGGCGGUUAUUGGGUUUCACAAUAUUUGGCGUUAUUUUGUUAGUAAUUGUGAAGUUGGGCAAUGCUUAUGAGACAGAGCUUGACGACUGGUGGGAUAGUACCAGUCCUUUCAGACAUUCUAGAGGCGUGGCCAGAUUCGGAACUUUUAUAAACUGGUUUUUGAAGAUUGGCGUGUUUGUAGGUGUGGUGGUCUACAUUAUUUUGGACAUAGCGAUUGACCAUCCACAGAAUAUGAUAUCUGUAGCCGGACUUGUGCUCUAUAUUUUGAUCUUCUACGUCACUUCCGUCAAUCCUGCAAGGGUCAAUUGGCACACUGUAUUUUGGGGUAUUGCUCUACAGUAUGUAUUUGCUCUAAUGAUAUUACGGACACAAUGGGGUUACGACAUUUUUAAAUGGCUAGGGGAUCGUGUCACAGAGUUUCUGGAGUAUGUUAUGGCUGGAGUUUUAUUUCUCUUUGGCGAUACUUGGUACCAACACUUUUUUGCUUUCAAGGUUUUAUCCAUUGUGGUGUUUUUCUUCACGUUCAUCAACAUAAUGUACUACCUUGGUGUAAUGCAAGCAAUUAUCAAGGUCCUUGGACAAUUUCUUGCUUUCUGCAUGGGGACCACACCUGCUGAAUCAAUCAACGCUGCUGCAAACAUUUUUGUCUCUAUGAUAGAAGGUCCUACGCUCAUCAGACACUGCAUAAAUGAUAUGACAAAAUCUGAACUUCAUUCAAUACUGACCAGCGGGUAUGCGACAAUUGCUGGGGGAAUCCUAGGUGUUUAUAUUACAUUUGGGACGGAAUCUCCGUUGAUGAUCCGGCCAUUCCUCAAAGAUAUGACACAUUCAGAGCUUCAUGCAGUAAUGACGGGAGGGUUUGCCACGAUUGCUGGAAGUGUUUUAGGAGCUUAUAUAUCCUUUGGUGUGCCAGCAAAUCAUCUUUUGUCAGCCAGCGUAAUGAGCGCCCCCGCUGCACUUGCUAUUUCUAAAUUAUCUUAUCCCGAGACAGAGAAAACUAAGGCUAAAAAAGAUGACUUCGCAAAAAUGGAAAAAUCACCAGAGCAUAACAUAAUUGAAGCGGCGUCAAAUGGUGCAUCCUCAAGCAUUAAGAUUAUAGGAGCCAUUGCUGUAAAUGUGUUGGCCUUUUUAUCAUUGUUGGCCUUUCUAAAUGCUACACUAACAUGGUUUGGUGAUAGAGUUGGGAUAGAGGGUCUUACAUUCCAGUACAUAUGUUCCUACGUCCUUUAUCCAGUUUCUUAUUUCAUGGGCGUGGAACCCGAUGAUUGUAGAAAAGUAGCUGAGCUCGUAGGUGUUAAAACAUUUACAAACGAGUUCAUAGCGUAUGGAGAUCUAAAGGUUUUGAUACAAAACAGGAAAGAUCUCGGAAAUUAUACAGACUUUUUCAAUACUACUGACUGGUUUUGGAAAGAUGAAAAUGUUGUCUUAAACAUAACCGGCGCGGUUUUAAAGGGAGGCUUUAUAAGUGAAAAAUCAGAAAUAAUUGCCACAUACGCAUUGUGUGGUUUUGCAAACUUCGGUUCAAUAGGAAUUACUUUAGGAGGUUUGGGUGCUCUUGCUCCUACAAGGAAGUCAGAAUUGUCACAAAUGGUUGUUCGAGCAAUGAUCUGUGGAAAUGUUGCAUGCUUUUUGACUGCAUGUAUUGCAGGUCUUCUCUACAAACCUUUCUAAAGGAAAGAAAAGUCUAGCAGAAUCGACAGGAUGUUCGUCUCAUUAUCCAUUGUUUAUUUGUUUGUUUUCUUCUGAAGAAGUAUAUUGUAUUGCUCAUAUUAAUGAUCUUUGCGUUGUGAAAUCCGACUAUCAAUACGUUAUUUUACCCACCAACUGGGCAUCUGUUCUUUACAAACUAAGAUGUUGACUUUAAUACAUAUUCCUUACCAGUGUUGCUUUCUAAAUGGAUGUUGUUAUGAUAAAACAUUUUUUUUCUUGUACAUAGUACUUAUUUGCAAUCUUCCAGAAGCAUUCAAGCAACACGCUUAUAACACAUUUUUAUUAUUUGGCUUAAAUGUCACUAUACCUUUCUGUGUUUGAAGAUCUCUAAAUACCUUACUUUCGGUUACAUCUUAUUUGAAUUUUGUUUUUUAUAUAAAACUUGAAAUUUGUGUAUCCUUAUUGAAAAUUAACAAAUUUAAAUCAAUGACCAGUUUGGAUAAUUAAGGGUUUUGUAUAUAAAUGACGUUUUUAUUACUUUUCAUACUUUCUCAUGUUAUUGUUUUAGCGAAUUUGAAACUAUUUUAUCUUACAAACUGUAAAUGUAAGAAUAUAGAUCUUUAGCUAAUUAUAUUAUUUCAAAGAUGAUUUUAUUUAAUUUACUUAUAUCCACUCAUGUUGUUACAUACAAAGCAAUUAUUUGUUACUUCAAAAAUUUGCCUUUGCUUUCUUUUUUAUUUUUAUUUUUUUACUUGAUUUGUAAUAUAUCUUAUCUUUGUACACGAGAAUUAAAAGUGAAAUGGGA